GUGGAGGACCUCGUCAGUGUGUAUGAGGAGGUGGAUGAGGCGCAGUACUCGAAGAUGGUACGAGAGAGACARGAGGAUGACUGGAUCAUUGAUGACGAUGGCACAGGAUAUGUGGAGGACGGGCGAGAAAUCUUUGACGAUGAUUUAGACGACGACGUGGUCGAAAACAAAGGAAAAGGAGGUGCUAAAGGAGGCGAGUCGAAGAAAACUGUCAAGAAAUCUGUCGUAUCCAAACCGAACACCAUCAAGAGUCUCUUCAUGAACAGCAACGUGAAGAGGCCUGCAGAGAAAGAUGUUGAUUUAUCCAAAGAUGACUUGCUGGGAGACAUUUUACAGGAUCUGCAUGCUGAGAAACCACCUCUCCUCGCUCCUCCACCUGUGGUCACUCUAAAGAAGAAGAAGUCCGUGGCAUCACCCAUGAAUCCCUUCUCCAUCAAACCACAGAUUUCAAAGCAGGAGCCGCCUUCAGCUCCACGGUUAAAGGCUAAAGUGAUCCGACCGCCACCUUCAGACCCCACCCCCAAACCGCCGACCCGCCCUCAUCCCUCYGUGUCUGAUCGUCCCGCGGAGGAGCGCCGAUUAAAGCUGGAGGAGCCGAAAGAAGAGGAAGAAAACGACUGCCUGGCCUUGGACGAGGUGAACUUUGAUGAACCGAUGGAGGUUGAACUCGAGGAUAAGCCUGUGGYUGAAGAAGAAGAAGCUGAGCCUGAACCCAAAGCAGUGACUGCGGUUAAAAAGGAGCCGACAGUCAAAGCCAAAGACCCCGUUUUAUUGGUUGGAGGAGCGUGGGGACAAGAGGAGAGCGAAGUGGCUCCUGUGGAGGUGCAGGUGGACUCCAGCCAGCUCCCCCUGGUGGAGGGUGCAGACGGAGAGCAGGUCUUCCGCUUUUAUUGGUUAGACGCUUUUGAAGACCCUUACACUCAACCAGGGUCACGACAUCUUUGGUUUCGACUUGGAAGUUCUUCUGCAGAGGAUCAACGUGUGCAAGGUUCCCCACUGGUCCAAAAUUGGGCGCCUCAGGAGAGCCAACAUGCCUAAAUUAGGGGGUCGUGGAGCCUUUGCAGAGAAGAGUGCAACGUGUGGCCGUCUGGUGUGCGACGUGGAGAUCUCAGCCAAAGAGCUGAUUCGCUGUAAGAGCUAUCACCUGACUGAGCUCGCUGCUCAGGUGCUCAAAGUGGAGCGGGUCACAGUCCCUCAGGAGGACAUCAAAAACCUCUUCAGUCUCGUACUCUGAUGGGCGGCCGCUCAGAGAGGAACGAGUUCCUCUUGCUUCACGCCUUCCACGACAAAAACUACAUCGUCCCCGACAAGCCGUCCUUCAAAAAGAUCCAUCUGGAGACAGCUGAGGGAGAAGAUGACGCAGAUGCAGGAAAAGGAAAGAGGAAGAAGAAGGCGGCGUACGCCGGGGGUCUGGUCCUGGAUCCUAAAGUCGGUUUCUAUGAUAAGUUUGUGCUGCUGCUGGACUUCAACAGCUUGUAUCCCUCCAUCAUCCAGGAGUUCAACAUCUGUUUCACCACUGUUCAGAGGGAGGCUCACAACUCGCAGAGGAGGAAUGAGGAUGAGGAGUCAGAGGAGAUCCCGGAGAUUCCGGAUCCCAACCUAGAAAUGGGAAUCCUGCCCAAAGAGAUCAGGAAGCUGGUGGAGCGACGUAAACAUGUUAAACAGCUCAUGAAGCAACAAGACAUCAACCCGGACCUCUACAUGCAGUAUGACAUCCGUCAGAAGGCCCUGAAGCUGACGGCUAACAGCAUGUACGGCUGCCUGGGAUUCAGCUACAGCCGCUUCUACGCAAAGCCCCUCGCUGCUCUGGUCACACACAAGGGUAGAGAGAUUCUGAUGCACACCAAAGACAUGGUUCAGAAGAUGAAUCUGGAAGUGAUUUAUGGAGAUACCGACUCCAUCAUGAUCAACACCAACAGCAAAUCUCUGGAGGAAGUCUUCAAACUAGGAAACAAGGUUAAAGCAGAAGUAAACAAGCUGUACAAACUGCUUGAGAUCGACAUCGACGGUGUGUUCAAGUCUCUCUUACUGCUGAAGAAAAAGAAAUACGCAGCUCUGGUGGUGGAGCAACAGGGCGAGGGACGAUACAGUGUGAAACAGGAGCUCAAAGGCUUGGACAUCGUCCGCAGGGAUUGGUGUGAUCUGGCCAAGGAAUGUGGCAACUAUGUGAUUGGUCAGAUCUUGUCUGACCAGAGUCGUGACGUCAUCGUGGAGAACAUCCAGAAACACCUGGUGGAGKUGGGAGAGAAGGUAGCCAGUGGAGACAUACCCCUCAGCCAGUAUGAGAUACACAAGUCACUAACAAAAGAUCCUCAGGACUACCCGGACAAGAAGAGUCUCCCUCAUGUCCACGUUGCUCUGUGGAUAAACUCUCAGGGUGGUCACAGGGUCAAGGCCGGAGAUACAAUUUCUUACCUCAUUUGCAAGGAUGGCUCCACAUUGGCAGCCAGUCAGAGAGCCUACGCUCUGGAGCAGCUUCAGAAGCAGGAGGGUCUCAGUGUGGACACGCAGUACUACCUGGCCCAGCAGGUCCACCCUGUAGUUUCUCGCAUCUGUGACCCGAUUGAGGGGAUUGAUAGUGUGCUCAUAGCUACCUGGCUUGGUCUGGACCCGAGUCACUUCAGAUCCCAGCAGCAGUAUCAGAGGGAGGAGGAGGCCGACGCCAUGCUGGGCGGACCAGCUCAGCUCACCGACGAGGAGCGGUACAAAGACUGCGAGAGGUUCACCUUCACGUGUCCUAAGUGUUCCACGGACAACGUCUGUGACAGCGUCUUCCAAGGAGCUGGCUGGUUGGUGUGUGAGGACCAGGCCUGUCAGAACAGAACCAGGCGUUUGCCCAUCGCCUUCUCCCGACACGGACCCAUCUGCCCUACCUGCCGCAGAUCCACUCUCAGACCCGAGUACUCGGAGAAGGCCCUGUACAACCAGCUGUGCUUCUACAGGUUCAUCUUUGACUGGGAACAUGCAGUAACCAAAGUGCUAACAACGGAUGAAAGAAAAAUCGUGAACCGUAUGAAUGACGUGAAGGAGGCRUAUCAGAAGCUAAAAGACGUGCCGGACAAAGCGUUGGCCACCAGCAGCUACUCGGACGUUGACCUGGCCAAACUCUUCCAAGCCUUCGCCUCCCUCAAAUAAAACCCUCUCACCUCCGCCGGACAGGAACCUGCCGCUCAGACGUUUGACGACGCCGCAGCCACACCUGUUUCUGGUUUGCAAAUAACCGCGUGAUUACCGAUCGAAGUUUUUAAGGCCUAACUGGCAGCUUGUAUUCCUUAAAACACCAAUCAGACCUUCCCCUGGUCCUUUUCUCCUCGCACACACUCACACUCRUGGCUUGACCCCACCGCCCCGACUCUGUAUGGUGAAGGCGAGCGGCAAUCAUACCUAAAUGACGGUCUAUUGUAUGUGCAGAGGCUGGAUGAGCCCAGAUGUGUGCGUGCGCGCUCGCGUGUGUGUAAAAAAUGGCUUGUCCUCAGAGCAGCUGGUGUACUCCAGAGGCAGCUAAUUAGCCAAUGAUAGUGACCCCAGCCUCCAUAAGACCACUGGAUGCCUGCGGCGAUCGGACACUUGUUCUGAUUACCGCCAUUCAUCCCGUGUGUGAGUGUUACGAGUGUGUGUCGGAUCAGAGGAGGGAGGAAGAGGGGAAAAAAAGGGAAAAAAGAGGGAGAGAGGAGUAUGCAGGGAGUGGUGGGGUGAGGAAGGCCACACGCGCUGCUCCUUCUCUCUUUUGUCCCAGUAUCGAACGUCUGAUCCGCUGCCCCUCCCCUCCGUUUAACUCGUGUCAGCUCGUCGCCCUGAUCUGGACAGAUUUCAAAAUAAUGUCUUGUUUUUUUUUUUAAUGUUUUAUUCUUUUUGUUCCACUUAAUCCGAAUAUUUGUUAUUGAUGUUUUGAUACUAAAACUUUAAUAAAAAAAAUGUAUAAAAUGGUACAGUAGCCAGUUUUUGUAGGAUGGAUGUUAUAAAAAAAUAUUAAAAUUAAAUUUCUGAUGAAUAGUAA